AGAGAGGAGGAAAGUUUUCCGAGCCGGGACAGCGUUGCCUAGCAGCUAGGCAGAGGACUCUUCCUUCAGUUUUUUCGCUCGUAUAUCGAGGAAGCGCCGACGUCUCCCUCCUCUCGGUCUACCUGUCAUCUGUGCGUUUGUCUCUCGCAGUCUUAAAUGCCAAACAUGUCUCAGACCGUGACGCUAAAGGGACCCUCUCCGUGGGGCUUUCGGCUGGUGGGAGGACGGGAUUUCAGCACGCCGUUAACCAUCUCCAGGGUAACACCUGGCAGCAAGGCCGCCCAAGGUGACCUGUGUCCGGGUGACACCAUCCUGGCGAUCAACGGCGACAGCACAGAGCACAUGACACACAUGGAGGCUCAGAACAGGAUCAAAAACUGCACUCAGCAGCUCACACUCAGCAUCAGCAGAUCGGGGACGGGAGAGAGAGUGUGGUCGCCAACAGUUAGUGAAGAUGGGAAGACAAGCCCUUACAUGGAGCCUGACUCACAGCCACGCUUGAUUACCAUUGAAAAACAGAAUUUCCGUCCCAUCACCAGCGGAUACGGCAGUUACAGCCGUAAGCCUUCAUACACCCCUGAACCUCAGUCUCCCCAGCCCUCUCCUCAGCCCACUCACAUGAAUAACGGACACUCCAGACCCACCAACAACAACAACGGCCACAGCUACGGCUACGGGAAUGGAACCGGGCACGCUCAGUACAACAACCCGGCAGGCCUUUAUGCUCAAAAUGGCAGCAACGGAGACAGAUGUCUGCCGAGCAAGAUGGGAGGUCUCAGCCUCAGCGCCACACACAGCCCAGAGCCUCCCAUGCACUCCCCUAUGAGCCGUAAUGGUUUCGACACACAGUCGGACGUCUACAAGAUGCUGCAGGACUACGAGGAGCCUGUCUCUGAACCCAAACAGUCUGGCUCCUUCAAAUACCUCCAGGGAAUCCUGGAGGCAGAGGAUGGAGGCGUGUCACCAACAGAGAGGAUGAGGAACUUAAAGUCUCCGGUCAGGUCUCCGAUCCCCAAGCUGGGAAGCCCUAUCCCCAGCCCCAUGUCUGGUCUGCAGAAGCUCCCCCAGUGCACACGCUGCUGUAACGGCAUUGUUGGCACCAUUGUGAAGGCCAGGGACAAGCUCUACCAUCCCGAGUGCUUCAUGUGUGACGACUGCGGCAUCAACCUGAAGCAGCGGGGCUACUUCUUUAUCGAGGACAAUCUGUACUGUGAGACCCACGCUAAGGCUCGCGUCCAACCCCCAGAGGGCUACGAUGUCGUCGCCGUGUACCCCAACUCCAAGGUGGAGCUGGUCUGAGAUGGAGAGGCCGGCCAUACUGUAAUAUAACUGGGAAACUAAGAUAUAGUAGAAAUGGGGCUGCUGAGUAUCCUCACCUACACUGAUCAGGCUCUGUCAAACCGGACUGCUGAUUUGAGGUCAGUUUUUGCCUUUGGGAGAGUGUGUUAUGACUUGUGUUUCAGUGAUCCCAGAUCAGUACUUCCGCAAUGACAGGCUUCAUAAAUUCUUUGUAUAUUGAGCAGAUUGGAAUAUGUUGACAGAAAAAGACUCAGAUCCGAUGAAUAUCUCAAAACUCGAAUCCAUAAAAAUGCUCACAGUAUUGCCCAAUCUGACCUCCCUCAUCUCUCAAUUAGUGUGUUUACAUGCAACUGUAGAUCCAGGAAAACAUGCAUAUGCACAUUCACCACUAUGCUGAGUAGCAGCAGAAUAUUCCAUGAAACAGCCAAGAAAUAAGACUAAAUGCGAUGCUGUUUCAAAUGACUACACCAGCUAUCUGCUUCUCUCACAAUCAGUUUACCAGCAUAAGAUCUACGGUCUCACUGAAGCCUUACAAAUAACUUUAAGACACUAAUGUGUGUUAUGUGCAUUAUGACAAGAGAUUUGUUGUGUUUGCUGAGCAGAGAAGUUGGUUAUAUUUUGAGAUUUAUUUCUAAUUUAGCUAUUUUAACAGCAGUUUCCCACAGAGAAUAAAAUAUCACUCUUUUUCUGUCACAUCAGUGAUAUUAUGUUUAAUACUGAAGCUGAAGUUAACAGUUUUACAGUUAAACAUUAUACUCAUGUUGGAUGCAUUUCUAGUUUACAUAUAUACAGUUUAAUUUUCAGACUUUCUAUGUUACAGACCUGGGAACAGCUCUCUUUAAUUCUCAUUAUUUCUGUUCAUUUUUCAGUUAUGUGAAACGAUAAGCAAUAAUUCACUAUAAGCAGAUUUCUAGUAGGUAUAUUUGUGGGUUAUCUGGAAUGUGUGCCAUUUGGUGACCGUGUUACUGAACUAUAACCUGUAGUAAAUGCCUCCGUAUGCAGCUUUGCAAGCACCACCUCCCUAGAAUAUAAACAAAUCCCUGCAGGAGACGUCCUCAAAGCACUGUGAGAAACUCUAGAACUCGGUGAGUUUCUCCCUCAUGUGAUCGCAGCAGCCUCAGUUAAUAAACACAUAAGAACAAGAAGUGAGACUUUAAUGAUUAAGUAACUUGGCUUAAUGCAGCAUUUUGAUCAGCCGUAACACACAGAAGAUUGUAGCUAUGGGUGCUUCUGGCUCGUGCACCUGACUGAGAGAGGAAUUUCAACUCUCACACAGAAGAAUUCCUCCUCAUAAAAAAAAAAACAAGAGCACAGAGUUCAGUGAAAACUCUCAAGGUUGACAUCAAUAUGCUUCCCACCUUUCGUGACAGCUGUUAAAAAUGGCAGUGUGCAUUUGAGGCAGGAGACACGGCCAUAGAAAACUGUUAGAAACGUUUAAACCGGGAUUCCACGGCCUGCAACAUGUGGGAGUAAUACCGACUUAGUUUUUUGGACCCACUACACAGAUACAUUAUGGCUCCUCUUUGCAAGAGAGAAUAAGACAGAAGUAUGCAGAGUUGCAUUCCCUUCCUACUAUGAAUUCAGAUUUGUGCUCACAGUCGAGCCCAUGAAGCAAAUGAAAUAUAUUUCUACAUUUCCUCUGAGAGAAGGGGGAGCAGAAAGGGAGGGAGUAAGAAGGGGUGAGAAAGAGAAAUGAGGCACGUAUUUUCUUUUUUCUUGACAGAAAAUCUCUCUGUAAGAAGAAAAAAAAGUAGUAUGUCAUUAUGUAGCCAUCAGUCUUAGCUUAUUGUGGAUUGUGGAGAGUGAACUGAGUGGAGAAGAGUGAUGUUGUUAAUUUUAGAAAUAUUUCUAACAAAACUGCUUUGGUAGUUUAAAAUGAGAAUGAAAUGUUUGCAGUGCUGAUAUCCACCUUUUAUUUUCAAGGUAUCAACAGUGUUGUGUAGCUGCUGGUAUUCCAUCUAUCUUCGUGAUCUUGUAAAUUAUGUGAAAAUUCUAUUGCUACCACAUUGUCUCUUUGGUAUUGUACAUAUUUGUUUCAUUGUGAUUGCUCUUAACAUACAUUAUAUAACAUGUCAUUCACGUGCCUUCGCAUACUCCGUGUCUUUAAAUGAUUUCUUUGACACAAAAUGCUGUUCUUGUAUUUAACUUAUUGUUCUACCAGCACAUGUUUUUGCUCUGGAUCUUCAUAUUUGCUCCUUUUUAUUCUAGGUUCUAAAUAAAAUGAAAAGCGCAUUACCAUGA